UUCUGUCUGUGCCUGCAUUUUUCCCCCCCAUCUCAUUCGUUCCCUUCUCUCAGCGGCAGCAGCUCAGGGAGGCAGCUGUAUGUGCGUCUGCAUAACAAUUGCCACAGGUAAAGACAGCUGCAUCGUUGGAUGUUGCCAACCCCACAGGGGGCGAGGGAGCCUUCACUGCUGCGGCUGCAAGUUCUCAUCCGAGCGCGGGGAGUACAUUUCUAAUCAUCUCCAAGAAAGCAUCCUUGAGGGAAGGACGGGCAGAGGAUCCCAGCAACCCAACUAACAAAUCAUAAGCUGACUCAAAAGAGCACAGGCUUUCAGGGACUGAGGAAGAAAACACCACUCAGAGAGCGAGAAGAGAGAAUCAGUGGGAUAUUUUUAAUACUGUAGCCUCCUGUUUGUGUUUUUGCUCUUAUCUCUUUCUGUCUCUUGUCUCUGGCUCUUUCUUUUUUAAUUAUUUGCAUCCACUCCCUGCUCCUCGUCCUCUCUUGUUUCAUCCCUCUCUGGCGGAAUGUUCUCUGCAAAUAGAUGAGAAGAGGCUUUCCGAGCGCUUGGUGCAGUAUUAACGGACGGGAUACUGAGACAGCAGGGCGCUGAGCGGACAGCUUGGGGAUAUCUGACCCACAGCCGGCUGGAGAAGGAGCAGGAUCACGCGUCGCAGUUGCAGAUUUAUCCGCCCUGUGAUACCACCAGUGCGCGACAACACCCCUAAUUAUUUUUUUAUUUUUUUCACUCUCCCUCUCUGUCCUCAUCGAAAGUGUGGCUUUUUGAAUGGAUCAGGAACAUUCUUUGGAUUGUACAGCUUUAUUUUCAGCCUCACUGGAAUAAAGAGCAAAGUGGGUUUGGAACCAAAGAGUGAAAAAAAUAAUACAAAAUAAUUAAGAUCCUCCAAAAAAAGAAAAGGAGACGCUGAUUGAAAAGCAACGGGCAAGAAAGAUAGCAGAUAAUCCAAGGAGAGUGUUCGACAGACGCAUAAACGACACAUAUAUCGCUCUCUUUCAGUUACAAAAGAGACCGAUUUGGGGGGCUGAGGGACGCUGACUCGGCUAAAGCUGUUGGAACAGGCUGCAUUGGACAACAUCUUUCAUUUUUUUUGGGAUCCGCCACGGGGUGGGGGAGGCAACAAGACCCACCCUGCAAGUUUCACUCCCCUCAUUCGGCGAUACUAUCCCAUUGUGCUUGACAGGGACAAAUAUGCAUGUUGAGUAGAAAUAGCUGUGCUUUUUUUUUACUGCAGUGACAUCUGAACAUUGAUGCCACGGAUUCCUCACAUGCACGGAUGUAAAGCUGUUCCUUCUCACCCACCUCUCCCUCCUGUCCUUUCUUCUCCCAGUUAGAAGCAUCACUUCUACUUCUUCUCCCCUGGCUUAUCCUGCUGUGAACAUUCUUCAAGUUCACAUUUGGACAUCGAGAGUUGGGCAGGACUAAACGCGGACUAAUCGGGCGAUCAUCAGUCUACGCAAGCUCUCCCAUUUCUCACUGGUGUCUCUGAGUGUGAGUGUGCGUGCUUGUGUGUUUGUGAAAGCGUGUCUGCAUGUAUCUCCUGCACCCCUCCCCUUCUCUUUAUCCUCGGAUUACAUAUUUUUGUACAUGUUCAUAAGUGUCCAAUUCCUGUGAGGUCCUUUUGUGUCCAUUUGUCCCUUGUCUCUUCUCACUGUCCGGCAUUGUUGGGAACCUUUCCGCCAUGUGCUGCUGAUGCUUAUCACAGGGUUAACCCUCAAUGAGCCAUAAAGGACGGCAGGGAAGGAUGAGCGAGUGUUCUGGAGCAGCUGUUUCCGGGGCGGUGAUCCUGGAGGAACCUGAGGGUUCAGGGGCUUCAGGGGGCCGCGUUGAGGGCCAGGCCCAGGAUCAGGGUCCCCUUCGCUGUGCGGUCUGGCCUCGCCAGCAGACAUGGCUGUGUGUGGUCCCCUUACUUAUCGGCUUUAUUGGCCUUGGAUUGAGCCUGAUGUUGCUGAAAUGGAUUGUUGUUGGUACAGUGCGGGAUUACGUGCCAACAGACCUGGUGGAUGCUAAUCGAAUAGGCCAGGAUCCUAUCUUCCUCUCCAAGCCAAGCGGGAUUCCCAAAAGUCCCGAUUCUACCACCACGACAACUACUCCUACAGUUGAUGGCGAGAAGCCCACACCUAGAACUGUAACUAUUGCGAAAGGUAGAACUCGUUCCACUGCUACGACCACGACUAUAAACCCUCGAGGGAGUGGAGCCUCGGGUAGCCAAGUAACCCCACGGAAUCCUCUAAAUCGAAAUGGACGUGGACCCUCGGCUUUUACUACAACCACUGCAGCGCAACGGACAACCUUCAUUAUUGGAACAGCAACAUCUAGCCCCUCACCGUCCAACCCAACGGUGCUCCAUGACUCUACGCAGAUGUGGACCCUGGAGCACACUACCACUGAGGCGGUCUCCACCACGCUCACCACCCGUACGCACGGCCACCGCAAAACACCAUCUCCGACUGUCCCUCCGCUGCACUCGGAGCACUUCAAGCCCUGUCAUGAGAAGGACCUGGCCUACUGCCUGAACGGAGGCGAAUGCUUUGUCAUCGAGACGCUUAGUGGGCCUCACAAGCACUGCAAGUGUCGAGAAGGCUACCAGGGAAUCCGCUGUGACCAGUUUCUGCCCAAGACGGACUCGAUCCUGUCUGACCCAAUUGAUCACUUGGGCAUCGAGUUUAUGGAGAGCAAAGAGGUGUACAAGAGACAGGUGCUGUCAAUCACAUCCAUCGCAAUGGCAAUCAGCCUCCUGGGAACCCUGUGCAUGGCCCUCUACUGCCGCAACAAGAGGCGCAGAGAGAAGCUCCAGGCCCACCUGAAGGAGAGUCGCAGUUUGAAAAACUACACUGCUAAUUCCCAUAAUGCCCUGGACGCCAAGAUGAGGGUCCCUAACACCAACCUGCAAAUGCAUGAGUCCCGCCAGGGGAACGUUUGUGGGUCCAGCUUUGCACACUGCAACAUCUCCACCACGCCACCCAACGGCUCCAGGGGAGCAGCGAAACAUCAGAGGAGUGGUUCCUUGUCUCACAGCCCAGAUCAGAGAACCCGGGUAGCCCAUUGGUCAGCUCCACGCAGGACCCCGCCCAUACCCAGGGGAAAGCUGAAUCCGAUCGGAGGAUCCAAGUUUUCAGGCCACGCCUACCAACACCUUGAGGAAGUGGACUCAUCUGAGAGGGAGGCUGAGGCACAAAGAGGUUGCGAAAUGCAUGUGGAGAACCAAUGUGACGACCCCAGACGAGAUGCCUUCCUACAUAUGCAAACUCUUGUGUCCGUGGAUACAUCGUCGCCAUCGCCGUGGAGCGGCCGCAUGGAGGUGCGUUCGGGCCCGUCCGAGCACAGCGAUCCGAAUCCCAACACCCGCAGCCUGCGCAGCCCCGGACGCCGUCACACCCAGUCCCCGCCUCCUCCGUUUCGCUCCUGCUCCAUCCCCAUCAUCCCCUCCGUCCAGUGUCACAACGAGGUGUCUUGUAUGCAAACCAGCGUCACACCGGCGACAACAACGAUGUCAGUCACCUGCGGAGCCGUGCCCUGCAAGGAAGCGAGGAGAGAGAUGGCGGCGCACGUCACGUUGUGGUCCUCCUCCUGCUCGUCCGCCAUUGGUCAGCAGCAGGACGAGGUGGCGCUGCUGCUGGAGGAGGCGCAGGAGCAGCUCAGGGCGUUGGCCUUGGCUCACAGGAAGCAGGAAGAAGGUGGCAUCGGCAGCAGCGGGUCGACGGCUGUGCUGGUGGAGGCCAGAGAAACUGUUUGCUUCCUGAACCUUAACGGAGGAAGUGCCGGGGCGCUGAGCUGUAACGGACCCACGCAGACCCAGUUACUCAGCCCCAGCCUAUCACACAGAGACCUGGGCCAGAGCAGCCAGUGAAAGGACACGAUUUAGGACAUUCACUUUCGGUUUGACGGUGUUUGACAGACUAUGGUGUCCUGCAUUUGUGAGACAGGAAUGGAAAUGCCGAAUUAAAAAAAAAAAAAAAAAAAAGUAAUAUCAUGGAAAUUCUGAAAAUGUGCUGAUGAUAUCCUGUAUGGAUACAAACACUUCUGUGUGGCCGCCUUUACGCCAACUGACUGUCUGGAAAAAGAGAGAGAAAACAAAUAUUUACAUGCAUUUAUUUACAAGAGAAACACUUCUACUUAGGCAAAAAGAAACCAAAUAGUCUGUCAACUCCAUGGUGUUUUUAAUUGUAAAAAGAAUAUAUAAAUAUAUAUAUAAAUAUAUAUGGAUAUAAAUAUAUGGAAUUCAAAAAGUGACCAAGUACAAAGUUGAAGAACACGGGAAUGAUGUAACUAUUUUUCUUUUGUUUUUCUUCUACCUGUUUUGCUCUGUCACAUUUUUGGUUCGGCUCAAUUCUAAGGACUGAACGUCAUUAACAUCCCGCCGCACGAGCCGUGAGUCGGAUUCUGUGAGCGCGCACAGAGGAGCCUCCACACCAAUCCCCCCCGUCCCCCAUCCCCCUCUCUGGCCUCCUGAAAACAUGUCUACCCAGCCAAGAAUUACAGUACAACCCUCUGUGGUUACCAACAACACUGAGGAUUUACGACAAAAAAACUCCCCGGCCGGCCGUGCGUGUGUGUGUUUGUGUGCGUGCGUUUGCGUGCGUGUGUGUGUGUGUGUGUGUGUGUGCCGAAGUGCAGCAAGGGAAGAGAGGGAGAAAAAUAAAAAAACAGGAAACAACCUCUUGGUGAGAUUUGAGGCGGCAGAUUGUUACAGACAGCACGGAUGCUGACUCUACUUUGGCCAGUGUUUCAAACCAAUCCAGAUUAUUUUUCUUUUUUUUACAAUUAUAUUUUCCCACACCUGUGCGCGCACACACACACACUCUGUGCGUUGCUUUCGGUUGCUUGGAUGGUUGGAUGACUGGACAGAAGGACAAAGGGAAGGACAGAGGGCUAAGGGUCACCACAGGAGCUAAUCUGACAUUUGUUUUGUUUCUUUUCAUUUUUCCAUUUUCGGUUAUUAAUGAACAAUGCUGCUUUCUGGGGCCGACGGGAGGGAGGACCACAUGGUUUGGGUAUUGAAACAAAUAAAUGUCUCUAUGUUGUAUCCUAUGAAUCGGAAGCUUUUGAAUCUCUGUAUGAAUUUACAGCCAAAUGUUUCUGGUGACAAAAAGUAAAACAAUGGUUGCAAUUCUGGUAAAGGUUUUUCAAAAUAACAGUGGUUUCAGUUGAUUGCUUGGAAGACAUUUUGACACCUUCAAAGCACCCUGUCCAAAUGUGCAUGCUGGAUUACAUCAGUCUGGUUUACAGUGAUAUAUACCGUAUUUAUCCUUUGGCCUUUUCACACACAGUCUGGGCUGAACUGGAGACCAGUAUUCACAAAGUUCCCAUCCAAUUAGCUGGUAGUUCCCUCUUUUCACCACGCUGCCUGGAAUACAGAAAUCAAUGAUGAAUGAUGUUUUCAAAUACGGUUUCAUUUCAAAAUAUUAUUCAUCCUUUUAUGAAAAUAUAUUGAUACCUACAUGUCCAAAUUUCCAUCCAUAAAGCUUUGUCUAUUGAUGUCAUGAGUCUUUUAAGACCGGUUUUAAUUUCAUUAAGCCGCUUCUCUUUAUUCAACGCUCAUUUAGAGCAGCUGUCUCGGUCCAGAUGUCAUGUUUGAAUGAAAAUCCCAGAAAGGAAGGGAAGAGGUGGCCUUGCUUCUAAGGAAUCCUACCAAAUGUAUUGCUUUAUGUUGGUUAUAAUAGAGAGGGACAAGGAAUUUGUCUUUUAUCAAAGUAGAUGUUUUGGUAUCCAUUCAAGUCCUUGCAACCAAAUUGAAAUAUUUCAAAUUUAUUUGAGUGAAAGAGGUUUGAUUUGGAAAAACUUGAUUUGAAAUAACAAAGUUAAAGCGGGAACAAUAAGCACAAGUAGCAACAAUCCUCCAUCGAAAAUCACUGAAAGAGUGUCACAAGGUUUAUUGCUUAACAACACUUUAGAAAGUAAGAGUGACUCCUGGAUCUUUUAUGUUUGUGUUAUGAAAUGAGUCCUACAUUGAACUCUCAUAGCUGCCAUCCUUCAAGCUUUGUGACUGUGGCCCCCCCGUCGACAACGAACUGCUUUCAACCAUCCAACUUGGUCCUUUCUGUGGCACUCUCCCAGGUGUGUGUCCGGCGCUCCACGGUUCAGAGAGGUCUGAUUCAAUAAGGCAGAUACUCUGGAUAAGAUCACAGCACCUGAGAAUUCACACUCUCCCAACCUGUACUUUUCAAAAACCCUCACAAUGGCCGAUCCUCGUGAACGUCCGCCUCUUAUUCAACACACACGAGCACUCAGAAAUCAGCCAGGAGCUUCUUUCUUUCUUUCCCUACUUCUUUGAAGACUUAGUUUGCCAUGCUGCCAUUCAGACCCCGAAAAGGCGCUUUUCUAUAUCAUAUUGCUGAACUUCAACAGUUUUGGUUAUUUGAUACUGAUGUCCAUGAAAUCCAUUAUGUCCUCACCAGAACAAAACACUGAUGACUUACAGAACGGAGGCUGAUGCGCUGCUGUGCACGGACACGGAGCUAAAAAAAAUGUGAAUGUGUUUGUUUGACCAACUGUAAUCAGUGUAUGAGCUUUUAACAGAUAAAAGUCUGCAAGCAUUGUCUGGAUUUGUUUUCUUAUCUGAGGUGAGCUCUGCAACUAGAAUGUUCAUCCACUGCAUGUUUUCACAAACAUCUACAUCGUCUCAUAAACGCUCCAUAAAAUACACACGUAUGUCAUGACCAGAUGCCAAACAUGCAUGACCUCAUUAUUACUGCACCUUGAGGAAAACUGCAAUUACUUUCGACACGCAUGUACUUCAACCACAUGUGAGCAUCAGCAAUUACACAAGAGAGGGCAGGAAAAACUCAUUCAAUGCAGGCGUCGGUGCUCUCCACUCUGACCGUAUUUAAGUGGUUUUCCAUGUGCCGGUGAUUGAAAACUGCGUUACUUCUUGUCCUGCUGGUUUAACAUUAUAAGAAGCAGCAUUGGAGGAAAAAUGGGGCUUUACGUUUGAUAAGAAAAAGCUCAUUGGCUUUUUUUAUUAGUCACAGAUUUUGAGAGCAUGUCUGCCUUUUUUUCAUGCGAGAAAUGUUUUUAUUUUUGAGAUGUGUUUGUGUGUGUGGAAUGUAUGCAGUUAAACAUUUUCUGUUUUUAUUCCUAAUUUAUCAGUAUUUUUUUAUCUCCGAUACACGUUUGAAAUUCUGAGUUAAAAAUAAAAGUCAAUAAAGAUUAGUGCUGGGCAAGUUAACGCGUUAAUUUC